AUGGCUUUUGUUAAUUGUGAAAAAUUCUCUGCCCAAGAUUUAAUACUCUUCAUUGAGAGUAUGGAACAAAUAACACGUAUGGAGAGUCUAAAGAGACAACGUAUACAAAGAAAUCGUGCAAAAUAUUUGGCCGAAACCUUGCGCUAUUUGGAUCAACAAUAUCCUGCCUAUAGCAGUUCCACAUUAUCGUCCACGGAUAGGCCAGAAGAGGAAUCGGUUUUAGAAAGUUUUGAACAAAAACAUAUUGGUUACGAUUCUACACGAUUGGUGCAACCAAAUCAAUAUGAAGUGAUAAAUCAUCAAGCUACCUCUAAGUGUGAACUAGAGGACUCCAUAUCGUGCCAUACCACCAUCUAUAGUCUGCCUUAUGAGUGUGUGGCCUCAACUAAAUUGGAGGAAUUUGAUUAUGAAACAUUGGAUUUGAAACCAAAAGAGAAGGAGCAGCAACAUGUCUAUGAUGAGCCGACUCAGAUGGUCAAGAAUGAUAAAGUUAAGAGUAAAUUUUCACUCUUCAACUUGGUACGCAAGAAAUACCGAAAAUGUUUUACCAAGAAAUCGAACAACUGGCGUAAAGGAAAUAAAUUGGCCAAAAUGUCGGAGGGAAGGGCCCGUUAUUUACAACUAAGAGCCGAUAUAGAGGAAGAGGCUAGAAGACGUAAAAUGCAAUUGAUCUCUAUGUAUAUGAAGAACAAAUUGAAACGUGAAGAGGCUUUUUGUCGUCUCAACAUGGCGAAAAUCAAUCAAGAAUGGCGUUCCAUUUUACGUCAAGUCAAGUGUCAAGAGUUGCGUAAAGAAAUCAUUGAAAUGGAAAAAUAUUGCAAAGAUAUGAUGGAUCAUAAAGAUAAUGUCAUUAGAAGACUGCUCAAUGAUUUGGAAGUGGCUCACAGUCAGCAUGAUAACAUGUCGCAGGCUCACAUGGAAAUGGUGCAACAUUUUAUAAAUUCCUGUCCAAUAUAGAUACAACAACAACGUUUGGAAUUCUUUCGCGAUAAUUAUGAAUCGGAAAAGCAAUUAAUGUUGCAAGAAUUUCAAGAUGAUCACAACCAGCUAAAGGAGUUAAGCACUAAUGCUCGGGAACAUUUGGAAUGUGUUUACUAUCAGUUGGAGGCCAAAAACGAAAGUCAAAAAAAUGAGGCUCAUGAAAAGUUUUUGGGACAAUUAGAUGAUAUUAAAGCAGAGAUGCAAUUGCGCAUUGAGGAAAUUACCGAAAAAGGUGAACAGAAACUGGAAAAGCUGUGGCAUGAAUAUCAGCUAGCCUUAGCAGACUAUGUUAAUCACACCGAAGGUUUCUAUGCCGACUAUAUGGACCUAAAGGAACGUGAUGAAGAGUAUACCAAUCAAACACGUGACUAUUGUUAUGAAAUCGAAAAGGCCAGUAAUCAAUUGGCCAGUUUAAAACUAACACUGGCCGAUGCUGAAGAUAAAAGUGAAGUUCGUCUAAAGCAUUUAAAACUUAUGAAGGAACAUUUGACUAAUAAGCUAAAUGAGGUUAAACAGCGUGUGGAUAGAGAAAUGCAAGAUAAUGAGGAGAAAUUUAAGUUAACCAGUGUGGAAAGCUAUAAAGCUGUAAAGGUGAGAAAUACUAUUUUACAAUUGGCUGGAGUUUGCCGUAAAUUUGAAACCGAAAGGAAAGAUUUUACCUUUUGGUCUGCCGCCUUUAACAAAAAAUUUUGGAAACGUGUCAACAAUGUCAAAAUCGAUGUGGUCUGCUUGACUCAGCGCAAAAAAGUCCUUGGAAAAGGAAAACGAACGAUUAAAGGCCGAACUUCAAGAACGUUAAUUAAACUGAACAUCAGUAAUGGCAUCAAUACACACAUCAAUGAUUAUUUGGCCAAACGACCCAGUAUGCGUGUUGAACGUGUGGAACAUAUUGAUUUGGAUACACGUAAAAAAUGUCAAAGUGCAGAUGUAAAUUUGGGACGUCGUACUUUAAGGCCCUAUUCCUGUAUAACAGAAGCUAAUUUUACCAAUGCCGUACGUUCACGUUUAAUGACAAAAGGAAAACCAAAAACUGGCUAA